GCGGCGGGCGGGCGGGCGGGCGGCCGGCGCAGGCGGCCCCGAGGAUGAAGUGCAAGCCGAACCAGACGCGAACCUACGACCCGGAGGGGUUCAAGAAGCGGGCGGCGUGCCUGUGCUUCCGGAGCGAGCGCGAGGACGAGGUGCUCUUAGUGAGUAGCAGUCGGUACCCGGACCGCUGGAUCGUGCCGGGCGGGGGCAUGGAGCCCGAGGAGGAGCCCGGCGGUGCGGCCGUCCGCGAGGUGUACGAAGAGGCGGGAGUCAAGGGGAAGUUAGGCCGGCUCCUGGGCAUUUUCGAGCAGAACCAAGAUCGCAAGCACAGAACGUACGUGUAUGUACUGACUGUCACUGAGAUUCUGGAGGAUUGGGAAGAUUCGGUGAGCAUUGGGAGGAAGCGAGAGUGGUUCAAAAUCGAAGAUGCCAUCAAGGUUCUCCAGUGCCACAAACCCGUGCAUGCCGAAUACCUGGAAAAACUAAAGCUGGGCGGCUCCUCAACCAAUGGAAACUCCGUGGCCCCGUCCCUGCCAGAGAGCGCUCCCUAACGAACAGCAAAGAUAUCCAAGAUUGCUUUGAAAGACUCAUUGAUGUGAACCAUUGAUCAAUGGAAUUGUCAAGUAUAGGUGAGCACUUCCAUGUUCCCAAGGAGACAGCUCAUCUGGUUUUCCUCCUACAUCUUGGGACACUCCUUCCCUGUCUAUUCCACUGAUUCCUUUUGGCCCAGUGGUUGUACUGUUGUACAUGAACAGACUCUUAUUCAUCACCUGUAGCCUUUUGCUGUGCUCUUUUGAUGUGUCUGCCUUCUUCAAUAGACCAUGAUAUCCUGGAGAGCAAGGACCAUGUUUCCUUUCUCUUUGCAUAUUCUACAUCUGAGACACUACUUGAAAUAUGGUUGACAUCACUGAAGGUUCUUUGAUUUCAAUUCAUAUUUUAUAAUCACUACAUGGCAAAACAUUUCCCUUCCAAUCUGGUGCUAGUAGAGUAUAUGCUGUCCAGGCACCACGUGCGUGGCUUUUCUGUAUCAGGUGUUUCAGAAACUUUUCAAGGCAGUUGUAAGAUGUUCAAGGACAAGAAUGAUUCCUCAUGUUUCUAUGUCAUACCACACAGUGGUUUAAGAUUACCCAUCACUUAGGGCAGCAUUUUGUAGAAUGAGUCCUUUGCGUAACAACCUCAGUGUUUUUGUGCUGUUGUUACUUUGCUUAAAAUUUUAUUAAAAAAAAAUCACUUGCUAUAAAAC